UAUGUGCUCGAGCAAGUUUUACUUCUCCCUAGUGUAGGGUGUUUGCCAGCAGCCUGCACUCUCGGAAAUCAGACUCAAGUGACUGGGACCCUUAAGAUCAAAGGCGUGCCAUGCUUCUCCCUAGGAGGGCCAGAGACUGCUGACGUGACCACUGAUGGUUAUUAGUGGCCCUCAUAAUUAACAAGAAGAAUGGACAAGCUUAAUAAAAUAACUGUCCCUGCCAGUCAGAAGUUGAGGCAGCUUCAAAAGAUGGUCCACGAUAUCAAGAACAAUGAAGGUGGAAUAAUGAACAAAAUCAAAAAGCUGAAAGUCAAAGCGCCUCCAAGUGUUCCUCAAAGAGAUUAUGCCUCAGCAAGGCUGACACUGGGAGAGCGGCAUUCACCACCAGCCCCGCCUCAUGGAACUAAGACUAGAGGAAUGAAACUUGGACUUGAAGAGAGCCCUGCUGAUGAAGAGGAGCAGUGGUCUGAUGACUUUGACAGUGACUAUGAACACCCAGACGAGCACUCGGACUCAGAGAUGUACGUGCUGCCCGCUGAGGAGACCGGGGACGACAGUUACGAGCCACCACCCGGCGAGCAGGAGACAAGAACCGUCCCCCCAGCCCUGCCCUUCGCCAGGGGCGAGUACAUAGACAAUCGGUCAAGCCAGCGGCAGUCUCCGCCCUUCAGCAAGACACUUCCCAGUAAGCCCGACUGGCCUUCGGCAAAAGCAAGAGCCAGAGUGGCCUCCACUCUGCCGGCGCUGACUUCUCUUCAGAAACCUCAAGUCCCACCCAAACCCAAAGAACUUGAGGAUGAGGUUGAUUAUGUGGUCCCUGUGGACGAUGAAGAUGAGAACUACAUUCACCCCACAGAAGACUGUUCACUCCCAGCUGAAAAAGCUCCCAUGGUGAACAGAUCUGUCAAGCCAAAUAACUCCUCAAAGUCAGCCUCUCCUCCAGGGACAGCUUCAGGUCGUAACAGUGGGGCCUGGGACGCGAAGUCACCUUCUCCUGCUGCGCCAUCCCCACUGCCCAGGGCUGGGAAAAAACCAGCUACACCGCUGAAGACAAUUCCAGUUGCCUCUCCACAGAAUGUCUCAAGUGUUUGUGAAGAAAGGCCUAUACCUGCUGAACGCCAUCGAACAUCUAGUCACAGACAAGAAAAUAUGCAAUCAUCAGUGUUUCCUCCUCCUCAGAAACAAAUCCAUCACAAACCCGUACCCCUGCCAAGGUUUCCAGAAGGGGGAAGCUCAACUGUGGAUGGCCUACUUUCCCCUAACCCCCAUUUGUCAGAACAGGAAGCAGACAUUCACUGCAAGCCAUGGUACGCUGGUGCCUGCGAUCGGAAAUCUGCAGAAGAGGCUUUAUACAGAUCAAACAAGGAUGGAUCAUUUCUUAUUCGGAAGAGCUCUGGCCAUGAUUCCAAACAGCCAUAUACACUAGUUGUAUUCUUUAAUAAGCGAGUAUAUAAUAUCCCUGUGCGGUUUAUAGAGGCAACAAAGCAGUAUGCUUUGGGCAGAAAGAAAAAUGGUGAAGAGUACUUUGGAAGUGUUGCUGAAAUUAUCAAGAAUCAUCAACAUAGCCCCCUGGUUCUUAUCGACAAUCAGAAUAAUACAAAAGAUUCGACAAGACUGAAAUAUGCAGUUAAAGUUUCAUAGAUCUUUUUGAAGAGGGUCAACAUCAUUGCUUCAGACAUUUUCCUUAUUUCUAUUUUUGAGAAAAAGUCCCUAAACUUCUUAUUUUGGAUUCCGAAUCCUCCAGUAGUAGUAUAGAAGAUGGAGGCAGUUUCUGAGGUGGUCAUCCAUUUCUUUAUAAGAAGCUCACACGGACUUGUUCUAUUGCCUGACCUGAUGAACUGUGAAUAUUUGGUGAGAUUGAGUUAUCAUGCUACUAAUAUUCUCCAAAUAAACAUCUUUAUUUAAAAGAAA